AUGGUCGGAUGUAUGGAUGGCUCCGUUCUGAAGCUGAGCCUUCCCAAUGGGGAGGAACUGAUGUGCAAGACGCUUCACAGUCCCUACAACGGUGGAACAGCACAGGUCGUCUGCAGCCGAGACAGUACUGUGGCCAUGAGCACUGGUGGCGCAGAUGGGAUCUUGGUGUGGAGCGAACCUGGAUCUGAAAUCACCGUGGCUCCUGACGAUACUCAUCUCAAGGGUCCAGAUGAUGAAGCAUUCGGUGAUGAGAGUGCGGCGCAGUUUGCCUUUGAGUUGGAUGACACUGACGUCAACGCAUUUCCCGCUUGGGUUCCACCUGCGGCAGGUGCUGAUGCCGCGAAGGGCGAUGACGAGGAAGAAGCUGCGGCCAAGCGAAAGCUGAUGACUCAUGAGAUCGAAGCCUUGCGAAAGAAGCUGCGCAUCCUCGUCGAUCACAACAGAAACGCGCCGGAUUUGGAAAAGUUGGAUCGCUCGGAGUUCUGCGUGGACUUCGAGGAACGCGACGCCAUUGGAGCCAAGUCCAAGGAGCGCUGCGACGCCCUGCGGGCGGAGAUCGAGCACCAGAACGUAGCCAGGCAGUUGAUUCGAGAUCGGCUCAUCAAAGAGUUUUGGGAUCCCAUGCGCGGCAAGGGCUGUCAGAUCACCUCCCUGACCUCGACCCUGGCCGUGUCCAACUACCCCGAGCGGACCGUCAGUGAGGAGGAAAGCACCAUCACACGCAAGCUGCGAAUGCUGCGCAAGAGCGAACAGCUCGAAUUCCAAAUGCCCAGGCUGAAGGACUCCAGUUGUCCCACGGAACUGAAGAAAGACAUGGUGCUGGACGUGGAUCACUUCGCCUCAGGCAAAGAACAGUACGUGGUGAAUUGGUGGCCGGGCGCGCAUAGCAAGGACAGUCCACCAAGUGAAAUCAAGAUCCGAGCAGUCAGCAAGUCAAGCUCUCGCUGCGGCAUAGCAGCCCGUGUUGGUGUUAUCGAGAUUGUUUGCAAGUUCAGUGCCACAAGAGACCUGGCCACCUAUGCGCGUCCUGGUCAAGAAGAUGAAGAUGCAUACAUAGCUGCAGAGGCAGCCACCAUGUGGGAUAACAUCCCUGCCAUUCGCAACCAUGCGAACGAGAUCCUGAGAUUGCUUGGCGCUGCAACUGGAGAAGAGCCGCCAGCUGACCAGAUCCUGAGACUGGAAGAUCUGAACAAUGUCCUGGGUGUGUUCUGGGCGGUUCACGAAUGUGCCAGGGACGCAGCACACCCAGCUGCGCGUCAGAACUGGAGAGCCGCCUCUGGACAAAUCGUUUCUGCCAGUCGGAGAGCUGAGGAGCUGCUGCAGCCAUCCCUAUUCGUGGAAGUUUUCCCUGAGGAGCUGCGUCCAGAUGCUGCCGCGUCAGUUGCCUUCACGCAUCCCACAGCUCGAUCUCACCCACAGGCCCCUGUUGAGGGGAGUGUCACAGCAGUGACAUGGAGCGUGACAGAAGAAACGCGAACAAAAGGGAACGCUGAGGCUUUCAACCUUCCUGAAGUUGUUGCAGGAGGGGAGACAGAAGCAGAACUACAGGCCUUGGAGCACACUCUCCUGGAAUUGCGAAGUACAAAAGAGAGUGAAGACCGCCCCAACAUUGCUGCGACACUGCUUGCACUGGGCCAAGUGAGCCAGAGGGCUGGAGAUCUCAAGCAAGCAAAGCAGCACUUGGAUGAGUCCCUGCGAAUGGAGCGCUCCUUGCAUGGGGACAAGGAUCACCCUGACAUUGCUGCGACACUGCAUACACUAGGGCAAGUAAGCAUGCAGGCUGGAGAUCUCAAGCAAGCAAAGCAGCACUUGGAUGAGUCCCUGCGAAUGGAGCGUUCCUUGCAUGGGGACAAGGAUCACCCUAACAUUGCUGGGGCACUGUUUGCACUGGGCCAAGUGAGUCUGCAGGCUGGAGAUCUCAAACAAGCAAUGCAGCACUUGGAUGAGUCCCUGCGAAUGAAGCGUUCCUUGCACGGUGACAGGGAUCACCCUGACAUUGCUGCGAUACUGCUUGCACUGGGCCAAGUGAGCCGGCACGCUGGGGAUCUCAAGCAAGCAAAGCAGCACUUGGAUGAGUCCUUGCGAAUGGAGCGCUCCUUGCAUGGUGACAGGGAUCACCCUGUCAUUGCUGCGACACUGCGUGCACUGGGCCAAGUGAGCCUGCAGGCUGGAGAUCUCAAGCAAGCAAAGCAGCACUUGGAUGAGUCCCUGCGAAUGGAGCGCUCCUUGCAUGGGGACAAGGAUCACCCUGUCAUUGCUGCGACAUUGCAUGGACUAGGGCAAGUGAGGCAGCGGGCUGGAGAUCUCAAGCAAGCAAAGCAGCACUUGGAUGAGUCCCUGCGAAUGGAGCGUUCCUUGCAUGGGGACGGGGAUCACCCUGACAUUGCUGCGAUACUGGAUGCACUGGGCCAAGUGAGCCGGCAGGCUGGAGAUCUCAAUCAAGCAAAGCAGCACUUGGAUGAGUCCCUGCGAAUGAAGCGCUCCUUGUAUGGGGACAUGGAUCACCCUAGCAUUGCUGAGACACUGCUUGCACUGGGCCAAGUGAGCCUGCAGGCUGGAGAUCUCAAGCAAGCGAUGCAGCACUGCAAUAAAACUUUGCGAAUGCAGCGCUGCUUUCAUGGGGACAGGGAUCACCCUGACAUUGCUGCGAUACUGCAUGCACUGGGGCACGUGAGCCUGCAGGCUGGAGAUCUCAAGCAAGCAAUGCAGCACUUGGAUGAGUCCCUGCGAAUGAAGCGUUCCUUGCACGGGGACAGGGAUCACCCUGACAUUGCUGCGGUACUGGAUGCACUGGGCCAAGUGAGCCGGCAGGCUGGAGAUCUCAAUCAAGCAAAGCAGCACUUGGAUGAGUCCCUGCGCAUGAAGCGUUCCUUGCAUGGGGACAGGGAUCACCUUGACAUUGCUGCGAUACUGGAUGCACUGGGCCAAGUGAGUCUGGAGGCUGGAGAUCUCAAUCAAGCCAAGCUGCACUUUGAUGGGUCCUUGCGAAUGGAGCGCUCCUUGCAUGGUGACAGGGAUCACCCUAGCGUUGCUGCGACACUGCAUGCACUGGGCCAAGUGAGUCUGCAGGCUGGAGAUCUCAAACAAGCAAUGCAGCACUUGGAUGAGUCCCUGCGAAUGAAGCGUUCCUUGCACGGUGACAGGGAUCACCCUGACAUUGCUGUGCUAUUGAAUGCACUGGGCCAAGUGAGCCUGCAGGCUGGAGAUCUAAAGCAAGCAAAGCAGCAUUUGGAUGAGUCCCUGCGAAUGGAGCGCUCCUUGCAUGAGGCUGGAGAUCUCAAACAAGCAAUGCAGCACUUGGAUGAGUCCCUGCGAAUGAAGCGUUCCUUGCACGGUGACAGGGAUCACCCUGACAUUGCUGCUGCGACACUGCAUGGACUAGGGCAAGUGAGGCAGCGGGCUGGAGAUCUCAAGCAAGCAAAGCAGCACUUGGAUGAGUCCCUGCGAAUGAAGCGUUCCUUGCAUGGGGACAGGGAUCACCCUGACAUUGCUGCGAUACUGGAUGCACUGGGCCAAGUGAGCCUGGAGGCUGGAGAUCUCAAGCAAGCAAAGCAGCACUUGGAUGAGUCCUUGCGAAUGAAGCGUUCCUUGCAUGGUGACAGGGAUCACCCUAGCAUUGCUGCGACACUGCGUGCACUGGGCCAAGUGAGCCUGCAGGCUGGAGACCUCAAGCAAGCCAAGCUGCACUUUGAUGGGUCCUUGCGAAUGGAGCGCUCCUUGCAUGGUGACAGGGAUCACCCUAGCGUUGCUGCGAUACUGCUUGCACUGGGCCAAGUGAGUCUGCAGGCUGGAGAUCUCAAACAAGCAAUGCAGCACUUGGAUGAGUCCCUGCGAAUGAAGCGUUCCUUGCAUGGGGACAGGGAUCACCCUGACAUUGCUGUGCUAUUGAAUGCACUAGGGCACGUGAGCCGGCAGGCUGGAGAUCUCAAGCAAGCAAAGCAGCACUUGGAUGAGUCCCUGCGAAUGGAGCGCUCCUUGCAUGAGGACAAGGAUCACCCUGACAUUGCUGCGACACUGCAUGCACUAGGGCAAGUAAGCAUGCAGGCUGGAGAUCUCAAGCAAGCAAAGCAGCACUUGGAUGAGUCCCUGCGAAUGAAGCGUUCCUUGCAUGAGGACAGGGAUCACCCUGACAUUGCUGCGAUACUGGAUGCACUGGGCCAAGUGAGCCUGCAGGCUGGAGAUCUCAAUCAAGCAAAGCAGCACUUGGAUGAGUCCCUGCGAAUGAAGCGCUCCUUGUAUGGGGACAUGGAUCACCCUAGCAUUGCUGAAACACUGCUUGCACUGGGCCAAGUGAGUCUGCAGGCUGGAGAUCUCAAGCAAGCAAAGCAGCACUUGGAUGAGUCCCUGCGAAUGAAGCGUUCCUUGCAUGGGGACAGGGAUCACCCUGACAUUGCUGCGAUACUGGAUGCACUGGGCCAAGUGAGUCUGCAGGCUGGAGAUCUCAAGCAAGCAAAGCAGCACUUGGAUGAGUCCCUGCGAAUGGAGCGCUCCUUGCAUGAGGACAAGGAUCACCCUGACAUUGCUGCGAUACUGGAUGCACUGGGCCAAGUGAGUGUGCAGGCUGGAGAUCUCAAUCAAGCAAAGCAGCACUUGGAUGAGUCCCUGCGAAUGAAGCGCUCCUUGUAUGGGGACAUGGAUCACCCUAGCAUUGCUGAGACACUGCUUGCACUGGGCCAAGUGAGUCUGGAUCACUCUGACAUUGCUGUGCUAUUGCAUGCACUAGGGCACGUGAGCCGGCAGGCUGGAGAUCUCAAGCAAGCAAAGCAGCACUUGGAUGAGUCCCUGCGAAUGACGCGUUCCUUGCAUGGGGACAGGGAUCACCCUGACAUUGCUGCGAUACUGGAUGCACUGGGCCAAGUGAGUCUGCAGGCUGGAGAUCUCAAGCAAGCAAAGCAGCACUUGGAUGAGUCCCUGCGAAUGAAGCGUUCCUUGCAUGGGGACAGGGAUCACCCUGACAUUGCUGCGAUACUGGAUGCACUGGGCCAAGUGAGUCUGCAGGCCUCGGCGGCCCGUGCCAAGCAGCUGGCCGACGCCGAAGCGGAGGCGAAGCGCAUCGCAGCGCAGCUUGGCGUGUUUGUUUCGUUGUUGGAGCUGGUGAGUGGGAUGCUGCUAGGUGUCAAGAUGAUGGAAGAUGGAGGAGGAACAAGUGCGGAUUCGAUUGUGGCGGAAGAGCAGAAGUACCUCUACGAACCCUUUGAGCUGGUCACCAACAGCCGCCGACGUUUGCAGAUCCAUUUGCUUCAAUCCUUGUCCGCGGACUACCGAAUGCACUUCAACGAGCUCUUCAAGGCAUGCCAGGGUGAUAAGAGGAACAUCAUC